AUGAUCAACUAUGUCAUGCUUGUCUCCCGGCAGGGCAAAGUGCGUUUAGCAAAGUGGUUCCAAACCCUGCCGCCCAAGACGAAGAACAAGAUCGUGAAGGAUGUGACCCAAUUGGUGCUUGCUAGACGCACGAGGAUGUGCAACUUCCUCGAGUACAAGGACACCAAGGUCAUUUACCGCAGAUACGCUUCCCUCUUCUUCAUCACCUCCAUCUCGCCAGGCGACAAUGAGCUCAUAACGCUUGAGAUCAUACAUCGUUAUGUGGAGGUGCUGGAUAGAUACUUUGGAAAUGUGUGCGAGCUUGAUUUGAUCUUCAACUUCCAGAAGGCGUUCGCUGUGCUCGACGAGCUCAUCAUUGCGGGGGAAAUACAAGAGUCAUCAAAGAAGACCGUCCUCAAGAUUGUUGCCCAGUCUGAUGCUAUUGAAGAGGGUGAGUUACUGCUCACAGACCUGAAGGACAGUGGCCUCGCUUUCUAG